AUGAAUACGUGCUGGUUCUUGUGUCAGACGAGAAUCUCGUCAGCUGUUAUCUGGCAGUACGCGACGGCUCUCCAAAAGGUAAACGGAGCUCAAAGUCUCUCCGGACGACACGAUCGAGCACGAGGCCUCGAAAACCAAGAAAUCUACGGUGGAGGUGAAGAUGGACAUGGAGAUCCCCCGGAGGACGAAUCUCCAGACGCAGCAGACAGCAAUCUGUACGAGACAGAAGACGAGGAAGACGCUGGGUCCCUGAACCACGGUCGGGAUCAAAUUGCCGGUCGCAUUCUAGGGGAUGAUGGCACAUCUCUCGUCGAUCAGGCACAGCAGCUGCUGGAGAACGCACCGACACAUGACGAUGAUGAAGAUGCAGAGCCCUUGAAGGCAGUUGACGGCAUCCGUGAGAAGGAAAAGCUCCUUUGGCUCCUUGGUGAUGAAGCUGAUGACCUCAGUCACCCAACUCAAUCCCAUCACCACGAACAACUUCACGAACAGCCAAAAUCUGCAGGAAAAAGAGGGGAUAAUAAUCCCGCGUAG